AUGUAUAUAAAACUUGAACCUUUGCGUAUACUACACAAUUAUUUAAUUUAUAAACCUCAAUUUUGGAAAAUGGCUAAAGUAUCAUUUAUUCCAUUUGAUAGUAUCAGUUACAAUAAGGGUGAGCAAUGCCUAAUCAAAUAUAUUGAUUAUACAAAUGAAAUUGAGGAACAAAUUAAUAACUUUGAGAAAAAUAAUCAUUCAGAUUAUUGUAGUGCAUGGGAGCAAUUAAGUAAAAACAUAAAAAUAAAAGUAGUUGAGCUAGAGGAAUGUUAUAGAGAAAGGCACAUACAAGUUGAUAUAAAUCAAGAUUUAGCAAUUAAAAAUUUUAUUGAAAAAUGUUCUGAUAAGUCUAAGUGUCCUUGUAAUACGGCACCUCCUGAAAAAAAUAAUGAUGAGUUAGUAUCUGAACUACAACAUCCAAGGGAGAAUGAACAAAAAAAAUUAGAUGAAAUAGAAUCAGUUAAAGAAGGGAAAAUUGUGCAGGAUGAACAAAAUGAAAAAGAUCAUCAUAACCCUUUUAAUGCACAAAUUAAAAAUAAAGAAUCAGUAAACUAUUAUAGGUCUGAUGCAGCACAACAACUAGAUGCUUCAUUAGAAAGUACAACUGAAACAGGUGAAUCGAUAAGUGAAGCAUUAGAUUUCAAUAAAACUGAAUCACUUUCACAAACAAUCCAUUCUGGAGAAUCAGAAUCACCUUCUAAAUUACAAGUAAAUAAUUUACAGGAAAGUUCUACUAAAGAUAGAUUACCAGAUUCUCAACAUGGUGUUAGAGAAAAUAUUGAAACCAAAGGGGAUGAAGUUCAAGGAUUGGCAACAAAAUUUAAUGUCUUUGAUUCUUCUGCUAGUAAUUUUCCUGAUUCUGGACAUUAUACUGCCGGUGCUCUUUUACCUAUAACCCUUAAUAAUCCAGACUCGAAGAACGUUGAACAGGGUGAUUCAUUCAAUGGUAAUGUAGUCACUGAGGAUGCAAUUGUAGGAAAUUUAUCUCAAAGUGAUGCACGGGGUAAUCAUGAGAAUAAUAAGUAUUUAUCUCUUGGUGAUAAACCUACUCAUAAUGCAAAUUCUGGUGAUGAAAUACCGGUUGGUAUAGGAACUAAUGCGAUUUCCUUUAUUGGUAUAUCCACUCCCACUGUGUGUACACCUAAAUUAGGUAUUGAUCCUGGAGUUUCUGAGGUUAUAAACACUGUUGAUAGCGUCUCGCUUAAUGCACAUUCUCAUGGUGAAGAAUAUGAUAGAGGAAAUACAUGUGGUGAAAGAUGUAAUAUUUAUUUGAACUGUGUUGAAACAAAUUGUCCUGAAUUAUCAAGUGAUACUGGCAUUCAUACAACCUCUGAAAUUGGAGUAACAAAUAUUUAUGAAUCUCAUUCGAAUCAUCAAAAAUAUAUGGGAAUGAUUCAUAAUAAAGACGCGCAUGCUGGAUUACAUCAGUCACCUAAAAUUCAGACAGUGGAUGUUACUCAAGGUUUACAGCCUAGGAAAGAGGGAGCAUUUAGUCAAGAAGAGGUAAUUCAACAGUCAGUACUAAGAGGAACAAUGAAUCCAAAUGAAGGUGUUAAUCUAAAUAAUGAAGAUAGUAAUAAAUUAGAAAAUGUUUCUCUAGGCAACCAUGGGAAUUAUAAAUCAACUUUAUCCAAACCAAAUAAGGGCAUCUCUGAAAUAGGCAAGUACAUUAAAUUAACAUUAUCGUCAAAUGAAUUCAAGUACAUUGAAGAACAAUUACACGUCCAAAUACACUUGUCCAAACAAAAAAAUACGUGA